AUGGUUAGUCCACGGGAAACUUCUCAAGAACGACGUUUCCUGAAUUUCAAGGCGCAGAUGCUACGAGAACAACGGCUGGCGGGAGGCGAUGAAGAUGAUACCAGCGAGCCUGAGGCGACGGAGCUGCCGUUGCUGCAGCAUCUGCAGGACAUGGCCAGGACCUUCGACGCGUUGAUGGCGGGGGUGUCCAGCACCAGGUGCGUCGCACCGCCUUCCGGAGCACCGGUGGCUCCGGUGGCUCCGGCUCCCGACCUCAUCACCGGAAGCGCACUGCAUGCUGCGCGGCGCCUGCGACAGCAAGGCUAUGCUAAGCCUACCAUCAGCUCGACUCGCAGGAGGUCCGGCCACGAUUGCAGCCACUGGACGGGACCUGCAAUGCAGGCCGACGCGCGGGACAUGCGGGACGCGCGGGACGUCGAUCACUUGCUGCGCAUUGCGUACUCCCCUUCACGGCCAGGGGGUACAUCCAGGGGACGUGAGAAAACGCCAUGGCGACUUUCAAACAUUGAACCUGAGCCGUGGCAUGUGACGUGGGACAAGACCAGGCGCAUCCUUUCGCUGGGCGAAUGUCGGGAGUUGGAGUUGCACGAUGGCGAUGCGCUAGGUGACUGGCAGUGUCCAUCCCCUGAGCUGAGUCACGAGCUGCUGUGCACAGCUCCGUUGACGAGCGAUGAAACUCACGGGCAGUCCAUGACGCAGAUCCCGCAGACCCGGCCGCAACUGCCAGAGGCCACAGGAGCUAAAGCUUCUCGCGAAGUGGUGAGUGAUGAGGUGGUACCCAAAGCGGGACCCCAGCCGGCGCCAGAAGCGAAAAACGAAGCGAUGACUGGAGGAUCUGGAGGAGGUUAUCCAGGAGCCACUGGUGGCGCAGGCGCAGUAGCUGCAGCUGCACCAGCGGCAGCGGCGCGGCAGAAAAGCAAGUUCAUCAAGGUUCGAUCCUUGACCCCAGACUCGCAAGGUGUGAGCCUCUUCGCCAAAGUGGUCGAAGUUCGACCGAAGGUUGAUGGCUCGCCCAGCAUCUCCGAGGUGGUUGUGGGGGACCACACUGGCACGAUCACCUUGCGGGCUCCAGACCCACAGGUAGAGCUUUGCAAGCCGGGUGCGGUUCUGCACAUCGAAAAUGCGCAAAUCGUGAUGUUGGGUGCCUUCAUGCGUUUGGAGGCUGAAAGCAUCAAGGAAUUUGAGGCCAAUGUGAAGAACGACUUGUCGGCCGUGGAAUAUCCGCGCGCUGAUUAG